AUGACGACUACAGCGAUCGAAUUCUCAGUUCCCAACGGCCUUGACCCCAAACAGUCUCUGAAGUACCAGCUCUGCCUAAUCAACGACACAACACGAGAAACGACCCAGAAGCUUGUGAACCUUCGCACGGAAGCGAUAGAGAAGCGAAUCGUAGCCAGACAGGCCAACAUCACAUUCCGUCAAAUGGGGAAGCAGCUCCAACCUCUUGUUCACAGCUUGUCCGAAAUUAGCAACCAAGAUUUGAAAAUUGAAGAAGAGGCGGAAACCCAAGAAGAGGGUUCUGAAGGUUCACCAACGCCCACCACGUACGGUGCUUCAACAGAAUCUGACACCUUACCCAUGAACCACGAAGACCAACUUUUGACCGCCUCGGUCGCUGACUUCCAAUCUGCUCGACAGCACGUUCAACAACUGCAAACACUAACAACAGAAUGGCUAACUGCCUACGAAACCGGCGUUCUUCCCUCCGUCACUGCUACAGGAACAACUCCAGCAGCACCCUUCAUACUCGGCGACAAACGACACCCGAAACAAUUCCUCGCCACAGUCAACGCCCUACAGCACGAAAUACACACCCACACGGCAUUCUGGAUGAGGCCUCUGAUCUACCCCAAGGCAAAUAAGGAGAAUAACUACAACGACGACGAUGACGACAAUCUAGACGGAUUAAGUUGUUUGGGCUUUGAAAAGGAGGAUGACAAAUACGUCCCGACAGGAGAAGAUGUCAGGAAGGAUCGAAUAUUUGUUUGUGGUAUGGAAAGCAUGGCGAGGCACGUGUGUGAGCAGGAAGCUAUGGAGAGGAACGAUAUGGUGGUCGGAGAGGCAAUGCAAUUGCUUGAGCUUUUGGCUGGAAAUUCGGCUUCUGAGCGAUAG